UUGUGCGUGUUGUGGAUGCGUGGAAGAAUCCCGCUUCUCACGUAUUAUUUUCUUCGGUUCGUCGAGACAAUCGAAUCAUCAUGGUUUACGGCAAUAAACACAAGGCCGUUUUGCAAGCUAUUAUACACGAGGGGGCUUUACACGAAGAUAACGGAAAAGAUUUGAUUAUUAGGUUAUUUGAUCACAAUAAUACUGCGAAGGUAUUGAGUGAGAUAAAUGCACAACUACGACCGUUAUACAUGACCAUAAAGUGCAUGACGUGCGAAGUUACCGGCCAGCUGUAUUGGGUUUUCGCGAGCACGGUGCAAGACAAGAGUGCCAGCUUCCAUCCUGAAUUCUCGCAAGCCGAAUUGGCUCUCUUGCGCAGCGUAUAUUCUGAAAUUGUUACUUCAAGCAACGGCUAUGUAUCAAGUACGUUUUGCCUUAACUUGUGUUCGUCGUUGAAUCUAAGACUGAGCAAGGCUGAAGCCGAUGAGUUCUUACACGAAAUGGUCACGAGAAAAUGGUUAUACUCCAAGGAUGGUAAAUAUUAUAUGGGAGUAAGAAGCAUAGCGGAGUUGUUGCAAUAUUUCAAGGAUACCUAUGAGAAUAAUCUUCAAAUUUGUACUUUAUGCAAGCAGGAACUUUUUUAUAGCGAGAAAUGUAGCACGUGUGAUGCUGCGACACACGUUUAUUGCCUGGAGAACUAUGCAAGAAAUCAUGGCGGUCCAACGGAAUGUCCUAAUUGUCAUCAUCCUAUACCAGGAAAUGAUUCCAGUAAUGAUGCCAAGGAUGUUGAAUGCGCACCACAAGUAGAAACAGACGUAGAGAUGACACAGUCUAGUCAAUCCAAAAGAUCAAAACGGAGACAUAAGAAUUAAUUCAAGAUGCUACGUUUAUGUUGUGACGCAAGAAUAUUUGGGAUAAAACAAAUGAUGCAAACUGAAGAGUUACAAGUUUAUUUUUCUAUAAAAUUAUAUUAAAUUACUAUGUACAAUAAAGUUGAAUUCAAUAUAAUA